AUGCCUCUAACUGCUCUACCCAAGGCGUUUGAUUUGAAAGAGCUAAAGAAAGGAUACUUUCCACAUUUAUUCAACACUUUGGCUCAUCAGAAUUAUGUAGGGCCAAUUCCAGCGCUCGACUUCUACGAUCCCGACCAUUUAAAGGAAGACGCUCGGGAAAAAUUAUUAAAAUGGCAUGGCGAAAGACAAGCGGAGGGAUACGUUUUUGAUUUUCAGAAAGAAAUCGUUGAAUACUGUAUCUCCGAUGUGGAAAUAUUGACACAGGCGUGUCUCAAAUUUCGAGACCUGAUGAAAACCGAAACCACAGUCGAUCCCUUCCAGGAAAGCACCACUAUUGCAUCAUGCUGUAACAAAGUCUUUAGACGCAAUUUUUUAAAACCUGAGACGAUCGGGAUUCUACCGAACCAGAACUUAUAUCACCCCGUUUUACCGUCAAAAAUGAACAACAAAUUGAUGUUUGUUAACUGUCAAAAAUGUGGUGAAGAUUUCGUUCGAGAAGAGUGUCAGCAUUCUAUUCAAGAAAGAAGCCUAAAAGGAACUUGGGUGAUAGAAGAGGUGCUCAAAGCUAUUGAAAAAGGUUACCAGAUUAUAGAGACUUACGAAAUAUGGGAAUACGAUACAAUUCAGCUCAGUAAAGACCAAGAGGGGUUAUUUAGCGGAAUGAUGAACAAGUUUCUACAAAUAAAACAACAAGCUUCAGGAUGGCCCAAACAUUGCUUAACGGAUGAAGAAAAAAACCGUUAUAUUGAUGCAUUUUUGGAUAGAGAAGACAUAAAGCUGGAAUUUUCAAAAAUUAUAGAGAACCCCUGUUUGAGAUCGUUAGCUAAACUUAUGCUGAAUUCCUUUUGGGGUAAAUUUGCUCAAAAAGAAAACCAAAACAAAACCUCAAUAGUCAGAGACUGUGGUGAAUUCUUUGAUAUGCUGACUAAUCCUUCUAUUCAUGUAAAUACAGUUCUCCCGGUAAACGAAGAAACCCUUAUCAUAACUUGGGAAUUUAGAGAAGAGGCCUAUGACGUUUCUUCAACGGUUAACGUUGUAUUGGCUUCAUAUGUCACGGCCCUAGCUAGACUAAAAUUAUAUUCAUUCUUGGAGAAAGUGGAAGAAAGGGCAGUUUACGUAGAUACAGAUUCAUGUAUUUAUAUCUCUCGUAAGGGAUUAGACGACAUAUCUACAGGCGACUUCAUAGGUGAUAUGACCGAUGAGCUCAAUGGGGGUUUCAUAUCAGAGUUUGUUUCUGGAGGACCUAAGAACUACGCCUACAAAUAUACUACUUUGUCUGGAGAGGAACAGAUCGUAUGUAAAGUAAAAGGCAUAUCACUCAACUACAAGGCAUCCCAAGUAGUCAAUUUUGAGAAAAUAAAAGACAUGGUGCUGAAGAAAUCUGAUCCUGUUUCUGUACUUUCUCGACAGCUACGACGUACAAGAGAGCAUGCAGUAGUAACAGUCGAGUUUCCUAAGGUAUACAAGAUAACUUCAAUGAAAAGGAAAUUCUAUGAAGAUCAUACCUCUGUACCAUUUGGAUUUAAGAAAAUAAAGUAUUGA